UAGAAGGGACAGGCAGAUGAUAUAUGGGUUAUUUCAUUCUUUGGGAUAUAGUUUUGAGAAUAUGAUUUUGAUUUUCAAGGAAACACAAAGGGAGUGUUGAGCAGUGUUAGAAAAUGACUUUCCAAACUUUAAAUGAAUGGAGAGAAACAACCUAGAUAAUGUGAAAUGAAACUUCAAUGAUGACUUCGUCGUUGUUCUUGGAGAGGAGACUGGGUGACCUCCCGGUGUUAGACAGGAGUAAAUUGGGGAGUUCCUCUUCAAGGAAGAAGGACAGCGCACAGAAAAAUGAGACCUACUUAGUGGGUGUGUCAGCAAGGAAACCGAUCGGUGUCCCUGAGGCUCAUGCAGUGCCUCGUCCCUCUGUACGACCAGCAGUCAGAAGGAGGCUGAACUUCCUGGACAGUGAUGACGAUUUCCAACCGACACCAGGGUUUGAUUUCACAGACAAGAUGGCUGCUUUUAGGGAACUUCUGAAGAAAGAUUCCGAGCGAGAUGCUGAAAGAAAUAGGAAGAACUUUGGGAAUAGGUACACUGGUGAAGUGGGGAGGCGUCAUGUUAGGGACGCAGAGGGAGGGGGUCCGCCCAGUGAAAAUGGAUUACCAAGGUCAAGGGAAGCACGGAGACUACUCAGUAGGCUGGCUGAUGAGAAACUAGCUAGGAUGUCAUACAGGAACUACCGUGCUCAGCUACAGCUCGAAAGUGUGUCCGAUUCACAGGAUGGAAGGGUUGAUGUGCCAAAGACUGAAAACAAAAGUGAAAGUAGAGAUGAGGAUUAUCUAGAUAAAUUUUUGUCAGAAAGGACUAGCAUUAGGUCGUCAAGCCAGCAGAGGGAAGCUAGCCACCAAAAUGAUGCUGAUCUUGACAAAGUUCCUCAGAAAGAGUCCCCUUGUCAGACGAACUGUGAUAAAAUUCCAUUGUGCCAAAAUAAUCCAUUACAAGAACAGGGACUCCUUUUAAAUGACACUAUGGGUUCUACAAGUACCCUAAAUAGGAAAAUAGGAAAAGUUUCAAUACAGUCCAAUGUUCCUCAUUAUCAUCCAUCAUAUGUAUCAACAAAGGAACCUCCUUCUGAGUCUGUGAAAUCUUUGAGUAAACAGCCAAACUCUAAAGGACUGGGACUGUGUGAAGGAAUCAGGACAGGGGAAGUGGUCUUCACUAAGUCUCGCUCAGGCAAGACUUCACACAGUGGUACUCCUCAGUCAGCUAGCAAGGGAGAUGGUGGGGUCUUAACCCUGCAGGACCUGGCUUCAUCUCCAAGUAAAGUUAAGUCUAGCAGAGGAAAAACUAAGGAGAGACAAAAAUCUGAGGAAAAGAUUAGGAAAAAUAUCAAAGAAUUGAAAGAAGAUCUAAACAUUUCCGAUUCCUCAAAAGAGAAUGAUAAAGUUUCAUCAAGGAGACGCAAAAUAAGCAGGGACCGCAAGGAAAUCAAUGAGAUAGUGGAAGGUACAGAUGAACCUAAGAUGACCGGGGUGGUGGAUAUGAGGGGCCCUAAUGCUCAAACAACCAGGAAGGCUGUGUUUGGUCCCAGGCACCCAGAGACUGAAGGGGCCAAGAGAGAAGGGGGAUGGAGACCUACUGAGGGCAGUAUGAGUGGGUCAGUCCGAUCUACAGGGUCUCAAUCCUCCACUAUCAUGGCCGUCGAGCUUCUGAGGAAGCUGUAUAAUGUGGACCCAAGAACCAGACAAGAUCUUGUUCUUAAAGCCAAGUGCUUUAGACGGUGGCUGAAGAAUGUGCAGUCAAUGCAGUCCAUAGAUGAGAAGGAUCCGUACGCUCAGUCUGCCCGAGAAUCGUAUGUAGGGGGCCCCAGACAGGGGCUGGGUGGUUUGCUAGGCUCUGCACAGCUGACUGAGACAGACUUAAGGGACAAUGCUUUGCUGAGUUUUCCACAUGACAAUCUGCAAACUUAUGAACCAAAUGGUGUGGGCUUAAAUAGGAACACUAUAGAGUAUGAAGGCACUAAUUUCAUUAGAUAUGACACAAAGUUUGGUGAGCAUCGCACACCUGGUGAAAAAAUUACCACAAAAGUUGCACCCAUUACAAAGGAGAAUUUAGAAAGACACACCCAAAUAGUGCAAAGUAAUAUGCAACCUUUUUCCAGUAUUCAUUUAAAUGAUGGACCCUCUGCAUUCACCAUUGUUAGGCCAUGUCCAGCAAAUGAGAAAAAUUCCCCUGGAGAAAAUGGAAAUCCCCCAACUCCUCGAUCACGGGUAACAAGGGGAAAUAGCACUGGUCAAGCAGUUCAAAGCACAGACAAAAUACUUUACCCUCAGACACACUAUGACAAUUUUAAUGGUGAACCACGGGUUCCGAUUUUCUCGGACAGUGUAGCACGUGUGGCCUGUGUGCCUGCUUCUCAGCCUGUGACGUGUUCUGCUAGCAAGUGUGUGACAGAUAGUGCUAGAAUUGCUAGGAGACUGGGGCGGGCCACUAAUCUGGUCCUACCCUCGGUGUCUGAGAGCUUCACACAGCUUCUGGACACCGCUAAUUACGGGGUCUGUCUGCAGAGUGCUGAAAUGUUUCAUCGCCGUAGAGUCCAAAGGGACUUUUUUCUGAAAUGGAAGAAAAACGCAGCGGAGCAUGUGAUCAUCAGGGCUGCUGACAACCUCCAUAGAUUACACUCUCUGAAGAAAGGAAUGAAUGCCUUCAAGUGGGCCAUCAACCGCUCCAGAAUCAUGGUGGACAUCUAUCAGAAUAAACUGAAGGGUAUACUGGUCACCGCUACCUUCUACAAGUGGAGAGACCAGGCUGUUAAAGUUUUUGGAAAUAAUGCCUGUUUUUUCUCACCUUUUAGGAUUCGCUACCUACAAGACUCCAUGGAUCACAAGCUGUUGAUCCGAACAAUGAACAUCUGGAGAGAAAAAUUCCAGAUUCGAGUGAAGGAGAACUCCGCUCAUAAUCACUUCAGGAGGAGGGUUUUAACUCAGAGUCUGACAGCAUGGAGAAUCUAUACCCUGGAGUCUAAGGAAAAACAAAGAAGAGACGAGAUGGCAAGAAAUUUGUACUGUGAGAGACUGCAGAGCAAGAUGUUAACUAGUAUGGUGAUACAGUACAGAAAAAUGUCCCUGGCCAAACUUCAUCACAGAGACCAUUUUCUACAAAAGCUGUUACUUGAGUGGAAGCAGGCAGCCUCCGUCAGUCGUAAGGAGUACGAGAGGAACCUGGUGCUGAGCCAGGAACACUGGGUAAAAAAUCAGCUCCAACGUCGCUUCCAGCACUGGCACGACCUACUGCUGACCGAGAGGGCAAUCAAAGCAGGAAACCAGAAACUUGUCAGAAAUGCAUUUAUUAUCUGGAGUACGAGCUGGCAGCAUCAGGUUCGAUAUCGAGAAGAAAUUCACGCUCGCAUCCGUCACAAGAUCCUGUCUACAUCUCUGAACUGCUGGAAAGAAAAUGUGGCCAUGUUGAAGAAGCGCCGCGAGGCAGCAGUGGUUUUCCUACAGCGAGUUCUCGUGAGACAUAGUUUACACGGCUGGCGAGAUUACACACAGCACAAAAGACAGCUCAGCAUUAAGAUGGCAUUUUUAAGAACAAUUCAGGAGACUUUGACAUAUCGCUUGAACAUUAAAAUACAAAAGAAGGUUAUGUCUCUAUGGAAACGACAAGUGGAAGAGAGGCUCAAUUUACGCCGCGCUCAAACAUUUUGGUCUAAUACUUGUGCCAGGAAGUCAGUUGUCCAGUGGAAGAAGGUGUGUCACAAGAGAUCCCUAUGUAGGCUGCUCAACGAUACAGAGCCAAUCAGAAAACAGAAUCUACUCCGACGAAUGUUCCAGAAGUGGUGGAGUGUGAAGGAGCAGAUCGAGUCCGAGAAUCAGGAGGUGGAGCAGACAAGGUCGAUAUUAGACAGGACGCAGCUCCAGACACGAUUCAGUCACUGGAAGGCUGAGACACUACUGAGGAUACGAAUCAGACCGCUGGUUCAGCGCAGGCAGAAAGUGCUAGUCACAGAAUCAUUUAAAGCUUGGCAUUCUUUGGUGCAGCAGAAGAAGGAAUGUAGAAGAAACAAUACGAUCUUCAUGAAAUCCAAACUCAGAAAGUGCUUCAAUGCCUGGAGGAGACAAUUCCUGUUACAAGCUGUGGAGAAAGAUCUGAAGAAGAAAGUAGAGUCAGGCUUUGUGAGGAAGUGCCUGAUGGGAUGGAGAGAGGUGAUCAGGAGGAAGAAGGAAGCACAGCAGUUCCACAGCAGACAACUUCUGAAGCAGACGUUCAUUGAGUGGCACUACAAAGCCAUCAGGAAGAUGAAAGAGAGGCUGGCUACAAAAGAGGAGCAGGAAUACAACAAUUUCUUGCUCAAAUCCUAUUUCAAUUUAUGGCUAACCAAUGCUCAACAACAGAGGAGAUAUGAGCAGGACAUUAUAGACAGGGCGGAGGAGAGCCAGAGGAACUCACAGAUCGGGUCCUCCUUCAGGUUCUGGAGGCACCAUCUCAGGGCCACUCUGGUCGCAAGAGAGCACCAGAAGAUGUUACAGAGGAAGUUGAUGGUACAGGUGAUUGUAGAAUGGCGGAGUAUCUCAGAGCGGGGCAUCAGACGAGCCGUUCACGAGUUCGCUGUCCGUAUUGGACUCCAAACUCCCGAGGAUUACUCAGGGGAAGCCCUCAAUGUGUCAGGAGAUUCGGCUGAUACUCCUGAGAGACUCCAGCUGCUGACUGACAUGAUCCUGGCCAGUGAGAACACCAGUGGAAUACACAGUCCUGUGGCGUCCUCUACACUGGGCACGCCCAUGAAGAGUAUUUUGGAAUCGCCCAGAAAGAAGAGGUUAUUUAGCCCAGCCUUGAGUCGGGUGAGUCUAGACUUAGAUAGGUCCAUUCCAGAACUGGACCUCAAACCCUCCCUGGCUAACACCAGUUUUAUUGACGCCAGAUUCGAGAUGGAACAGGCAGUCAAGACAGAAAGAAUGAAGACUUUGGUGACAACAGCAGUAAAGAGGAUCCGGUUUUGGCCGGUCAGUAUUGUAUUUGAUCAGUGGUGGGAGUACACUGUUCACCAGAGGGAGCUCCGAACACUUUGUAAACAGGCCAGUGAUGUCAUUCAGAGGCAAAGGUUAAAGUUCGCCUUCAGGGUCUGGAGGUCACUCUAUCAGAGAGAGACUCAGGCUAGGCAGUUCAGGGAGGAAUGUCUGAAGAGACAUGUUUUUGAAGCACUGGAGGAAAACAAAAAGAUGAUGAAAUACAAGAAAGAGAUGACUGCGCUUGCUCAUGAUUAUCAUUCACUUAUGGUGUUCAGAAAAAUAUUUCCAAUCUGGUUUGAAAAGGCACAAGAAAUGAGACAUACCCGCAGUGUUAUUCGUAUCUGGAACACAAGAACAGAACAGGAACAGGGGUUACUUCCCUUGGAAGAUACUCUUCAUCACCGACUGUCUAAAAGGACCUUAAGGAAGUGUUUUGCUGUAUGGCGACUUAAAUUCCUACAAAUUGACAGACUCAGAAAAAUGUAUAACAAGACUGUACAGAAAAGAUUCUUUGAAGUUUGGAGAGAAUGGGCUGAAAGAAAAGCUCACUUGCGCAGAGAGAGCCAGAAUUUCAGCAGUCACAGAGUACAAACUUGGGCUUUCAACACUUGGAUACUUCGUCAACAACAAAUGGUUGUCAUUGAUCAAAAGGUCAAGGACACUCAAACACAACACAUGAGGUUGUUGUUACAGAGCUGGCACCACUGGGCAUCAGAACACAAGAAGAGGAAGCUGGCGAGUGUACUGGUGAUGCAGACCUCACAGAGAAACCUUGUGAUGAGAACCUUCACAACCUGGAGAAUCCAGACAGAGAAAUGUCGACAGUUAUCCAAGUGGUGUCAGCAAAGACUGAUGAUCAGAGUAAUCCGAGAGUGGCAGGAAGUAGCAGAAUGGAAGAAACAAAUGAGACAGAAAGUUCUCUCCUUCCAAGUGAAAUCUUACACCAAACAGGUGAUAAGGAUGUUUAAGAUUUGGCACAGUCAGUAUAUGGAGCGUGUACAGCAGCAUGAGGAGCAUGAGGCCUACAUCAGGAGGUGUGUGCUGGAGUAUGGCAGGCAUUGGAGGAAGCAGGCUCAGAAGGCCAGGGGCAGACGACUCCAGCAGGUCUUCAUGUAUAGACAGGUUGCCACCUGUUUUGCCAAGUGGAGGUAUGGUUACGAGAGAAACCUGGAGAGGGAGAAUCAGUUGAAUAAGUACAUCGUUCGCAGGAAUAGAAAGAUUCUGGGAACUUACCUUGAUGACUGGAAAAUCAAGUUACUCUCAAAUCAGGCUACAAGGCACUUUAAUGUCAAACUAUUAGGAACAUUCUUUAGUGAAUGGCAUGUAUUUGCUUCUGAAUCUAAACAGAGGAGACAUACCUGUGCUGUGUACCAGAGAGCACUGGAGCAACAAAGUCUGAAGACAUACUUCAAGUAUUGGUACAGUCUAACACAGGUCCAGAACGACAUCAAGAAACAUUGUCACCUCAAACUCCAGAUCAGAGUGCUGAAGGAGUGGCAUAUGUAUGCCCAUCGACGCCGUCAGUUGGCGACAUUAGGGACAGUGCUUACAAAGUACAUACAGAUGAACACAUUAAAGAGGACAUGGUACACAAUGAAAACUCGAGCUGAUUAUUGCCAGAAUCUGAAUGAAACUGCUAAUAAAGUGAUCAUGGAGAAGAACCAGGAGACUAUGAGGCUGGCGUUGUCUGUAUGGUGGGAGCGACUGAACCGUAUCGUCGCGGGCCGCUGUUAUCACCAUCUCCUAGCCAGGAGAACUGUGAGGCAAUGGAGAUGGUUUGUGGAGAAAAAGAAAGAAGAACGGGAAAUAGAGAGACAGAAGAAUGAAGAGGCCAUUUUACAUCACAACAGACACAUCUGUAAAUUGGCCUUCAGAGCCCUACACAAUGAGGUCAAGGUCAAGCACCAGCUACAAAGACACAAACUGAGGAUACAAAUAAAGUAUGGAAAUCUCUGGAAACACAGAGUGGACUUGAUGUACACUGCCAAAUGUGUGGAGGAAGAGAGACUUUUACUACAAUCUUGGGAUACAUGGAGAAUAGCCUUCGCUAAGCGUCGGGCAGCAAACAAAGUGACAGCCUACAGCGAUAGGCAGAUAUUGUCACAGGCAUUUUUGGCAUGGAAAGAAGUUUGUUUUGAACGGAUUGAGAAAGUGAGGAAGUCAGUCCAGUUUUACCUGCCGCCCACAGAACCUCCAAUGUUUAAACCCUCCCAGCUCCCCACCCCCAUCACCAGGUCCCAGGGAAAAAACGCCAGGAAAUCAAAUGUUAUAGCCUAGUACAUGUUACUGAGAGCAAGGCUUCAAAACUCAGAACUGUUCUGAAUAAUUCUAAUGAACCUCUAUGAACUGCAAGGGUUAUUUUACAAUUGCAAGAUAUUUUUGAAUCCAUUAUUGUGUGUAUCUUUGGUAUGUAACUGAUCAUAAAUGUGUGCUUGUAUUUAAGUAUGAGGAUGGCUGUCAAAUGUAUUAAGCAUUCUAGUCAGUAUUUAUUGAAGCCAUUUGUGUUAAUUAUGCAUCACAUUGUAUGUUUUAAAGUAAAACAGGGUUUGGUAUAUUAUAUGAAUAGAACUGUGAUAUCAUUGUGUGCCAAACAUUAAAAGCAUAUUCCUAUAAUGGGAAAUAAAGGUGCUGUUAUUUCAUAAUGUAAAAUGUCUCGCACUGCACACCUCUACAGCCAUAAACCUCUGUGAUAGUUAGUUGACCAAGACGUCCAUGUUGAUUUUGAAGUAUUUUUGUUGCACUCCUUUUUGUUUGUUGGGUAUAUGAUUUUGCGUUUUAUUCAAAUUCUUCCAUUCCACAAAUAAAUUUUUGCACU